CAACAGCAGUCACAUACCAAAACCUACGUCCGCUUACGGUUUCCGUUUAGCUAGCUCCCAGGCAGCGAUCGAGCGAUGGCUUCCGGUCAGCAGGAGAGGUCGGAGCUGGACCGCAUGGCCCGCGAGGGGGAGACCGUCGUCCCCGGCGGCACCGGUGGGAAAACCCUCGAGGCGCAGGAGCACCUCGCCGACGGGCGCAGCCGCGGUGGGCAGACUCGGAAGGAGCAGCUGGGGGAGGAGGGAUACCGCGAGAUGGGUCACAAGGGCGGGGAGACUCGCAAGGAGCAGCUGGGGGAGGAGGGGUACCGCGAGAUGGGUCACAAGGGCGGGGAGACUCGCAAGGAGCAGCUCGGGGAGGAGGGGUACCGCGAGAUGGGGCACAAGGGCGGGGAGACUCGCAAGGACCAGCUCGGGGAGGAGGGGUACCGCGAGAUGGGGCGCAAGGGCGGGCUGAGCACCAUGCAGGAGUCCGGUGGCGAGCGCGCCGCCAGGGAGGGCAUCGAGAUCGAUGAGUCCAAGUUCAAGACCAAGUCCUAAAUAAUGUAGGUCAGUGUCUAGCUGAGUAGCUAGCUACUAGUGAGCAAGCUGUCUCCUCAUGUUUGUAGUAAUGAAUAAUGUAGGUCAAGGUCAGGUCUUGACAUGACGAGAGAGCACGCAUGUAGGCGAUCACAUGUACUGUGAUCAUGUGUGCUUUAGGUGUCUUAGCUUGUAGCGGUGACCAUGUGUUCUUCAGGUGUCCUAGUAGCUUGUAGUACGUCUCGUUGUGGCUUGUGAGUCAGCUUGCUAAUGUAUGUGAG